UUGACUCUGAGUGGUCGUUACAUGGGAGAGAGCGUGCGAGUGGAAAAAGGAGCAAAUGUGCGCGGCGGCGGAGAGGGAGGACAGCGAGUGCGCGGAGAGGCAGCAGGCACAUCAUCAUCAUCAUCAGCAGCAGCAGCAGCAGCAGCAGCAGCAGCGUCUCCUCCUUCCUGGUCCUCAUCCGCUCUGUCUUCAGCUGCCGGUCCUGUCGCGUGUGCGCGCGCGCGCGCGCUCGUCUCUGAUUGAGCUCUCACCGCCGGCUGAAGUGUCCAGGAGCCUCCGCCAACCAUCCCCUCCCACCACACACUUUCCCCGGAGCUCGGUUAUUCUUAGCUCAGCAGCUGCGAGAGACUGUCCUUCCGGCCCCUUCUCUCGCUCAUUUAUCCCAGUUUCUUGAAUAUUUAAUGGAAAAUGGCGAUCUGCGCGCAGUCGUACGGGUUCCCCUGCCUCCUCGCGAUUCAAACUGUACUUGUCAUAUGUGUCUCCACGCCGACAGACGGGACCCACCUCUUCCCACAGCACUACACAAUGAUUCACUGGGCCGGACGCAUCGAGAAGGAGCUGGAGAAGGUUCUGCAACACGUCACCGGAACUCAGCAGAUGAGAUCGAUUUACAAUGAGAAGAAGAGCCAGUUUGAAAUCAAGAGAAACAACCCCAAGGACCUGGUGGAACGAGUGGCACGGGACAUCUCCAAGCUGCUCAACAGUAAGAGGAAAGCCCUGGAGAAACUGGCCAGGGAGGCAGAGCAGCUUCAGAAGGAGCACGUAUGGCAAGACGGUGUGACGGAGAAUGCCAUUUCAUACUACGAUUCCAAAGCGGAUUCAGACUAUGCGGAGGAUGGGGAAGAGGAGAGCCUGCUGGAGAGCUCGUCUCCCGUGGAGCUGGAGUUUGUGGACGAUCCCAACUUUAAAAACAAGGUCAACUACUCCUCCAGUGCCGUCCAGAUUCCCACGGACAUUUACAAAGGCUCCCCGGUCAUCCUUAAUGAGUUAAACUGGACGCAGGCUCUGGAGCGGGUCUUCAUCGAAAACCGCCGGGAUGACAGCUCGCUGCGCUGGCAGGUGUUCGGCAGCGCCACUGGAGUGACACGCUACUACCCAGCCACUCCCUGGAGGGCGCCCAACAAGAUCGACCUGUACGACGUCCGCAGAAGACCGUGGUAUAUCCAGGGUGCAUCGUCUCCAAAGGACAUGGUCAUCAUUGUGGAUGUGAGCGGAAGCGUCAGCGGACUGACUCUGAAGCUCAUGAAAACCUCCGUGGUGGAGAUGCUGGACACCCUAUCGGACGAUGACUAUGUGAAUGUGGCCAGGUUCAACGAGAAGGCCGAUGCUGUCGUUCCUUGCUUCAGGACUUUGGUCCAAGCCAACGUUCGUAACAAGAAGAUCUUCAAGGAGGCCGUCAUGCACAUGCAAGCCAAAGGAACCACAGAUUACAAGUCUGGCUUCACAUUCGCCUUUGAACAGCUUCUCAAUGAGAGCAGUGCCCCGAGGGCCACCUGCAAUAAAAUGAUAAUGAUGUUUACAGAUGGCGGGGAGGAUCGUGCACAGGAAAUCUUUGAGAAGUACAACUGGCCCAACAAAACGGUUCGUGUGUUCACCUUCUCCGUUGGCCAACAUAAUUAUGACGUCACCCCUUUGCAGUGGAUAGCUUGUGCCAAUAAAGGUUACUACUUUGAAAUCCCAUCGAUCGGAGCCAUCCGAAUCAACACCCAGGAGUACCUGGACGUCCUGGGCCGGCCCAUGGUGCUGGCUGGGCCAAGAGCCAAGCAGGUGCAGUGGACAAACGUCUACCAGGAUGCUCUGGGUUUGGGUCUUGUCAUCACUGGAACGAUGCCAGUAUUCAACCUCACUGCUGAUACUGUGAGCUCUCAGAACCAGCUCAUCCUGGGCGUUAUGGGAGUCGACAUCGCCAUCAACGAAAUCAAAAAGAAGACUCCUACUUACAGACUUGGAGCCAACGGUUACACGUAUGCCAUCGACCCAAAUGGUUAUGUACUGCUACAUCCCAACCUGCGACCCAAGAUCUUUAACUUUAGGGAGCCCGUCACCCUGGACUUUCUGGAUGCAGAGCUUGAAGACAGCAACAAGGAGGAGAUCCGACGACAGAUGAUUGAUGGCAAAUCAGGGCAAAGGAAAAUCAAGACGCUCAUUAAGUCAGUUGAUGAGCGGUACAUCGAUGAGGCCAUGCGGACAUACACAUGGACCCCGGUGGACGGUACAGAUUACAGUCUAGGUUUGGUACUGCCCACAUACAGUGAGAACCACAUCAAGGCCAACCUGAGUGACCAGAUCCUUCAGGUGCAGUUGCCAUACACCAAGGAUUUUGAAUCACUGCUGCCAAACAGUUUUGAGUCUGAAGGACAUGUGUUCAUUGCUCCCAGGGAGUACUGCAAUGAUCUGGAACUGUCCAACAACAACACGGAGUUCCUGCUCAACUUCAUUGCUCUCAUGGAGAAGGUGACGCCGGACUCUAAACAAUGUGACAAUUUGCUCCUUCAUAACCUGAUUCUGGACACGGGCAUCAUCAGGCAGCUGGUUGACAAAGUGUGGAAGAAUAAAGACUUGAACACAUACGGGUUUCUAGCCGUGUUUGCUGCGACCGACGGAGGCGUGACAAGAGUGUUUCCUAACAAGGCUUCGGAAACCUGGGAGGAAGACCCUGAGCCGUUUAACGCCAGCUAUUACCGCCGCAGUCUUGACAACAAGGGCUACAUCUUCCGAGCGCCUUAUCGAACAGCCAGGGACGAGCUGCUGAACCCAGAAAACGACACCAUAGGGAUCCUGGUCAGCACAGCUGUGGAGAUCACCAUAGGAGGAAAGAACAUCAAACCUGCAGUGGUCGGAGUGAAACUGGACCUUGAAGCCUGGACGGAUAAGUUCAAGAUUCUUGCCAGUAACCAUACAGACAACCGCCAAGGCUCAAAUACGUGUGGACCGAACAGGGGCUGUGAAAUGGACUGCGAAGCCAACAGUGAUGAUCUCCUGUGUUACUUGGUAGACGAUGGUGGAUUCCUGAUCAUGUCCAAUCAGAAGGACGACUGGAACAAGGUGGGAAUGUUCUUCAGUGACGUCGACCCCACAUUGAUGUACGCCCUCUACAACAAUUCCUUCUACAAACGCAAGCAGUCAUUUGACUACCAGUCUGUGUGUGAACGGAUGCCCAACAGUGAAUCUGGAGCUGCACCCAGAGGAGUGUUUGUGCCUACAAUUGCAGAUUUUGUAAACGUGGCUUGGUGGACAUCAGCAGCUGCAUGGUCCGUGUUCCAACAGUUCAUAUAUGGCCUGGCUUAUCACAGUUGGUUCGUCACAGAUGAGGUGGAUGCUGAUGGAAUCGAUUUCAAAGAGCGGGGCUGUGUAAUGAUCCAGACCCAGUACUACUUAAGUAAUCUCAGCAGCUCCUACAACAUACUGCAAGACUGUGUCAACUGCUCCAGGCUGAUCCAUGCCAAGAGGAUAAACAACACCAACUUGCUGUUUGUGGUGGCAGAGAAGUUGCCAUGCAACACCUGUGAGAUAGAGAAGCUGUCCCAGGAGGAGGAGGAGUUUAAGGAGGAAAACCCGUGUGAAGAACUGACUGUGGCGCGUUAUCGAAAAGGACCAUCCACCUGCUUCGACUACAACAUCGCCGAGAACACGUCAGACUGUGGGCGAGGUCACGCUUUCCGUCCGUCUCUCUACACUUUGCUGCUUAUUCAGCUGCUUCUGCUGUAUCCGGCUAUCAGCCCCCACGUUCACUUGCUACUACAAUAAUUUUCAUCUCCCUCUACUUAUCCUCCUUUUAGCCCCCCUGAGCUUCUCUCCUGUCCUAAAACCUUCUGCCCCCACCUCUCCACUGCCUCGUGCUCCCUAUGCCCCCCCCCCCCCCUCCUCAGAUAUAGUCAUAGGUAAUAAUGGGACUUCCCAUCACAGCAAGUCGGAAGCCCUGAGUGCCACGCUAUCCAGCUUGCUUCAGUUUGUGUCGCUUAGUGACAACUGCCGGACCUCCGUGUCCUCAGCCGGUUAACCUUCAUUUGCAGGAAGAGCGGGUGGUGCCGCGCCACCCGGAUCAUCGGAGACAAUGUCCGAAAAGAAAACAAAGCCCCCCAGCGAGGGGAAAAGGACAGGUUGACGUGCUUGUCGGAGAUCUCUGCCUCACACGGACUGGAGAGCUGAGGUCGGUCACACAGACGGUGGGACCUCUCCUCCAUCUCAGAGCCUCACCGCUCUGUCGUUCUCCCCUCGCGAGGGGCUGUAGACCAUUCGACCACUAAUAUCCACUGUAAAAGAAAAAUACCAGAAAAAUAAGAACUGUCAAGUAUACAAAAUGUCAAGUAUAAACUGCUACAGUGUAUUUAGGUUUUGAUUUGAAAGGAAGUCUUUAGGUGUUAACUCAAAAAAAGAUAUGAAUUAAUUUAUGCACUAUAUCUACUUGCCAAAAUGAGAUAGACUUUCAUGUGGUCUUAUUUUUAUAGCCAAAACACUAGAAGAAAUGGCUUCUGAUAUAUGUUUCAGGAUACACCAUGAGAGGAGGAGUGGAGACGGUCAGAAACUGAAUGCUGAUUCAUUUUGUGCAGCUCCUAAUUAUAGAUUAAUGCUUUUGAAAAACAUCCACUGGGGAUUAGUGUAAUUACAUGAUGGGUAAUUGCAUUUCUAAAGUGCAAAGUGUUUUUUUGUGAUAUUUACUAUUUUACGGCUAGUGCUAUCGGGCUUGCAUACUUAGUGACAGCUGUAAAAUACGAAUCAGCGUUCGGUUGCUGCAGAUUUGGUCAGGAGCACUGCGCAGUAUUCUCCUUUAUGAUCAAUUGAACAUUCUGACCUCCUCUGGUUUAGACUGAUGUUUAAAAAAUGAAAAGAAAAAAAAAGCUCACCUCUGCCAAUCCUCAUGAGGCUUCUCCAGUAAUGUAACACUCCGAAUCACGACUUUUUGUGCUUUACUUCUGUUCACGACAAAACACACAAGAUCUUUUCCUCAUGACCCUCCAUUAAAUUUUCAAGGUGGAUUUUCUUUUUUCUUUAGGUUUUUUUUUUUUGGGGGGGGGGUAAUGGGGUGGGGUGGAAGAAUCAUUAUUCUUUUUUUUCUUUUUUUUUACAGGGAUUACCUUUGACUGAUGCUGUUCAAACUUCAAAAUCAUUCGCUGCUGGGGGAUAGGGGCUUAUCAACAUUUCCAACAAAAGUGCAGAAGAGGCCACUGAAUAUGGUGAUCACGUACAGUAGUGCUCUGGUUGUAAUCCGUCACAGUUUGUCAUUUGAUCAUUGCGAUGUGUUCAGACUCCCAUGUUUAGGAGCCACUCUGUUUCAUAGUGCCUUGAUGCACUUUGUUUUUGGAAUGCGUUGGCUGUAUAAGAGUAGAGCUACUGUAUAGUACCUUUAUUGAGCAGCCACCUUUGAGGCUUUGGGACCUAAAAGACUGAAUCUGUUGGCUAUAGGAAUAGCUCAACACAGAGCCGUCGCACUGACCGGCUCGAGCUUAUUGUAUCCGCCCUCUCGGCCACCCUGACUGCCACCACAUGGAGUUACUAUACUGUUCCUUUACAAAGCCAUGUAUAGAGCUAUGAUACACUAUCAGUACACAGCGACUUAACUGGCCAUAGAGCGUUCUUAGGGCCACCUGACUGCUAUAGUUCUGCCUGAAUCGUGUGUGUUAGUGUACGGGUGUAUGUGUUAGUUUGCGUUGAAACCCCUCAAUGGGAAUGUCUUUUAAAUGAAGUGUACGAGGGAUGACAGUUGUGGUAGCAUAGCCGUUGUUUUUCUUUUCCUGUUCCUAUAUCGCAAAGGACAAAAUCCAGUGUUGUUGUUAAGGGGGAAAAAAGGGAUUUUAAGUGAAACAAAAAGAAUCCAUUUUUAACCAACAGUCUGCUUCAAUAUCAUAUCAAUAUAAGGGAGCAGAGGUGUCCGUAAGAAUGUGUAGUUCAUCAGUGUUUUCUGUUUCAGAUGCAACAUAGUUGACAAAGCCUCUCUAAAUGCCUUAGUGUUACACAGUACGGAGCUCCGAUACGUCCCCCUCCCCUUUCACAUGCAUUGUUUCUCACGCAAACACAAAAAGAUCCUCCAAAAUAUUCACUCCGCUGGGUUUUCUCGUCGUUCUGCAGUAAGUAUAGUGAGCUCUAGUUUUGUAUUUUCAACGUCUUGGAAUGAUUCGCUAUUGAUUGAUGCCUGUUCGAUUAAAUGCUUGAAAGUGGAGUUUGGGAGUUUUUAAAAAAAAAAGGAGAAAAAAAUUCAAAAGCAUCCGACCUUCGAUGUUCACACCCACCGAAACCUCACUAUAAUGCUCAGGUGGGAUCACUCACACGAUGAUUUGAACCUUAACUUGCACACUCUGUACAGUAGUUGGUACUUUUUGAUGUGACAGACAUGCUGGCACAGUAACUGCAAGAAAUCAGACUGUUACUAAAAAAUAUGAAAUUUAACAUUUGUAUUUCCAAUUUGGCUCUUUUCGGUGUUGAGUACGGGCCGGGUCAUAUGAUGCCGGAUGCAGUUUUACUUUUCUGGCAUUUGUUUGUCUCUGUCCUGUGCCAUUAAUUCUGUCUGUAUUUCCCUAUUUCCACUAUCUGUAAAUGAACGCUACACGUGCCUGUGGAAAUGUACCCUCUGCAACUUCCUCUCUUUUCCUGGCUCUGUACGCAUACGGUCUCACACAUGUAUGUAAAAUAUGUGGGCCUACAGUUUGUGCACCUGCACCGAGACAUUAUGCACAAUGCACACAAACAUAUAAGUAAACAUGUAAUGACACUUAUUCAUGCCCAGCUGGGAGAUGUCAAAGCACCAGGCAGAAGUAAAAACAAGGAUGUCUCCUCCCAUGUGUUUUGGGGGGAUUUUUGUGAGCGGGCAGGAUGUCGGAGGCAAGCUCAGGGAGUGGGUCUCCACAGAGCAGCAUGGGCCUGUCAAACAGAAGGUCAUUUGCGGAAUCAUGAAGUGACGUCUGUGUGUGUGCUGACAGAAGUGGUCUUCUGAGGGGGCACGCGUAUGAUUUCUGGUGGUUUAAAAUUUUUAAUUUUGCCAUAAAAAAAUGAAAUAAAAAUAGAAAAAUUGGUCCAACUUGGGGAUGAGAGGGAGGGGUCAUCUUAAAGGACACGACCCUAAAAUAAGGAAGCAAGGGUUUUCAUGAAGCCCCCUCCCGACCCUCGCCGCCUCUGUGUUGGUGCGUCACUGUGGGAAAGACAUGUGUGUAUGUGAUUCUGUAGUCUCUAGUCUGGUGCUAUGUGACCAUGUUUGACAAGUGUGAAAAAAAUAACAUUUAGAGGAAGUGAAAUCAGUGAAAUUUUAAGUGAAGUUAAAAAAAAAAAAAAAAGGAAUACAGCACUAUUGAUAAGUUUGAGAUCUGAAGUCAAAAUGUUUUUAAUUUCUUUUGGUUUAUUUCUUGUGCGUAUGUGAGUGUGAAUGUUUGUGUGUGGAAGAUUUCGCUCCUUCUUUUCUGGGCACUGGUCCAUGUCGCUCCAUUCUUUUUGUACAGAUGAAGCUUAAAAAAGAAAAAGAAGAAGAAGAGGGCAAAAUUUGUAAAAUAUUGUGUCUGUGACUCCUUGUAAAAUAUUUUCAAAUUGUUUAUUACAGAGAAUCAGUUAUUAAAUAAUGUUCAUAUUUUUCACUUCA